GCUUACCUUACCCGUACUCCGUGCAUGGUCAAUUUUGUGCCCCAUGGCGAUGCUUGUGGUUGAAAUCCACGUGUUUCUGUGACAAAUUUAAUUUUCCAAUACUCUUGUGUUUUUAAAUUGGUGCAUUUUUUCAGAUUCCUCCAUCAUGACGGAUUUUGCCUCCCCGCAAAGUGGCAAAAAGAAGAAAAAGGACAAAGAUAAGAAUUUGGGUGACAUUCACAGAGAAAAGUCUUUUCAACUCGAACCAUCAGAAUCCACAACAAAGUUAGAAACAUCUAAAUGGCCAUUACUUCUCAAGAACUUUGAUCGUCUUAACGUCAGAACCAAUCACUAUACACCCUUACCUAGUGGCUGCUCGCCCUUGCAGAGACCUCUUGAUGAGUACCUUAAAGCAGGAUGUAUCAUUUUGGACAAACCAGCCAAUCCUAGCUCCCACGAAAUCGUCGCUCAAAUCAAAAGAAUAUUGAGAGUGGAAAAAACUGGACAUUCUGGAACUUUAGAUCCAAAAACUACAGGUUGCUUGAACGUUUGUUUGAACCGAGCCACCCGAUUAGUCAAAUCACAGCAGUCUGCUGGUAAAGACUAUAUUGGGAUUUUCAAGUUACACUCGCCAGUAACUGAUUUGGUUAAGAUCAAACAGGCUGUUGAAACUUUACGUGGGUCUUUGUUUCAAAGACCACCCUUGAUCUCCGCAGUCAAAAGACAACUCCGUGUGAGGACCAUAUAUGACAACAAACUCAUUGAGUUUGAUCAAGAAAAACAAUUAGGUAUUGUCUGGCUUAAGUGUGAAGCAGGGACUUAUGUAAGAACAUGGUGUGUCCAUCUUGGAUUAGUUCUGGGAGUUGGAGGUCAAAUGGUUGAGCUGCGGCGACCAAGAUCAGGAAUCCAUGAUGAAAACGAUACUACUGCCACAAUGCACGAUAUUUUAGAUGCUCAGUGGCUGUAUGAUAAUCACAAAGACGAGUCCUACCUGAGGAGAGUCAUCCAUCCUCUCGAGUAUUUACUCACUGCCCAUAAAAAAAUCAUCGUAAAGGAUAGCGCAGUUAAUGCCAUUUGCUAUGGUGCUCAAAUAAUGUUACCUGGAUUGUUGCGUUAUGAUGAUGGAAUCGAAUUGAAUCAAGAGAUAGUCAUUGUUACAACAAAAGGAGAAGCUGUCUGCUUAGCAAUCGCCUUGAUGACCACUUCUACCAUUGCAAGUUGUGAUCAUGGUACUGUUGCUAAAAUCAAACGAGUCAUUAUGGACCGUGACACCUAUCCUCGGAAGUGGGGCUUGGGUCCGAAGGCUAGUAUGGUGAAACGUAUGAUCAAGGAUGGAAAGCUGGACAAGUAUGGCAAGCCAAAUGAAAACACUCCAAGCGACUGGACCGGCUACAAAAGUUAUGAUAGUGUAACGGUGAAAGUUGAGAAACCAGAUGAUGAUGAAAGAGAGGAAGGAACAAAAAGCAAGCGAAAACGAAUGUCAAGCGUCACAGAAACUCCAAUGGAUAUUGACACUAGUGAUAUCAAAACUGAAGGAGACAUAGUUGUGAAGAAGAAAAAGAAAAAGAAGAAGGUUCAAGAUGAAGAACCCUCUACUUCAGAGCCUGUUGAAGGCAACGGCACACCAGAGGAUGGCGAGAAAAAGAAGAAGAAAAAGAAGAAAAAGCACCAUGACGAAGAAUGAAUGAAAAUAGUUUUCAACUCGUAACUUGCAGGGAGUACAAAGAAAAACAAAGCAUCAAAACGAAGAAAAAAUUGAAAACAUUGUGAAAUAUUAUUUUCAGUGUUCUGGAAGCCAUGUAGCGGUUUUUGCUUCUGCACUAUUUUGCAUCUGUUUAAGUGUUAAAAUUUUUACUCAAUUGAUUCCUUACCGUCCCAUCUGUAACCAAGAAUGUGAAGUGAAUAAUAUUCAGAUGGGUUUUACCUUUCGGUAGAAUUUUCAUGAAAUUCCACCGUGUUCACUUCUCUCGGUAUCAACGGAGAGGAUGUACUUUUAAGAAGACCUUUGUUUAAAGCUUAUAAAAUUAAUUAUUUUCCUUUGUUACUUAAAUUAGGAGUGAAAAGAAUGGGUACUUUUUUCUCUUUGUUUCACUAAAAUGAUAUGAAUGUCCUAUUGAAUCAUUUUUAAGGAAAUUUAAAGCCUGAUAUACGAAUGCGAGUUCUUGAUUAGAAGAGACAACAAGGAGAUGCAGCAAUAUUUCCAGGUCACUCUUUUACUGUUAUUUUUCAACAAUUUCAGAGAUAAUAAAUGAGAAUUCCAUCAUGAAAGUAGAUGAGAAAGCAUAUCAUAACGGAAAUACCCAUUCCAUUCCCAAGGAACGUGCUAAAUAGACUGUUAGUUGCUACACCUCAUGCUUCAAUUGAAAACAAACACAUAACCCUGUUUUGGAUUCGCACUGUAGUGGUAAAAUGCGUCUAAGUGUCUCUAGCAAUCAAAGAUUAUCGUGCUUUAUGAGUCAUUAAUUCAUUUAUGAUCAGUUAAUAACUAAAUUUAGACAUGAGGUCGUGUUCAAUUAUUUUAGUUUGAACCAUCGCAAAAUGCCAAAUUGCACCGAGUCAAUCUAUAGCAACACUAAUGUCAGUGGCUCAGUAUUUUUUGUUCAGUAAUUUUUUAAAUGUUAACCAAUUGAGGAAAUGUCUUACAAUUAGAAGUACAUCUGAAGGUUUUCCUUUAAGAACGGAAUUCACGAAGACACUCUGUAAUAUCCAUUAAUCAUGUAUUUUGUAAGUAUGAUCUGAAGGAUUUUAGUUGUUUUUGCAAGACAUGGAAAACUUGUGAAAUUCCCUCCUCCACUUCAGUCAUUAUUUAUUAAUGGCAAAUUUUUACGAUUAUCAAAUUCAUUUUUUUAAUUAUAUAUUUUGUGAUCAUUUGUAGUUAUUGCACAGCAGGAGAGAAAUAUUUUUUUAUGCUGUUCUUUAUUUUUUUAAUUCUUGUAAUGUUAGGGAAAAUCCCGGUAAUCGAUAAGAAAUCAUCUACCUGAUUUUAAAAUGCUUUUUGUGACUGAUGAAGUUCACCUUUUUUAAGAAUAAAUUUGAUGUUUUUGAAGGAGAAA